UGACACAAAAUCAUUGCGCACACACACACACACACUCUCACGUGCCCAGAAGCUUCAGCAAGUUGCGUCCUACAAGAUUAGAGAAAUGACUCCGGUUGCAAUCAAGCGCGUUUUAAUAAGCGAAAGUGUGGAUCCAUGCUGCAAGAAGAUAUUGCAAGAAAAUGGAAUUGAAGUCACUGAAAGAACAGAUAUGAACAAAGAUGAGCUGAAAGCGCAGAUUAAGGAAUUUGAUGGUCUCGUUGUCCGGUCAGCUACCAAAGUGAGCGCUGACGUCAUCGAAUCCGCCGGGAGCUUGAAGCUGAUUGGACGAGCUGGAACCGGCGUGGACAACGUGGACGUGGAGGCGGCCACCAAGAAAGGCAUCAUUGUCAUGAACACUCCAAGUGGCAACACAAUCAGUGCUGCUGAACUGACCUGCGCCCUUGUGAUGAGUUUAUCGAGAAAUGUUCCACAAGCUGCUAUGUCGAUGAAGGCAGGAAACUGGGAUCGUAAAAAGUUCAUGGGUACAGAGUUGUAUGGCAAAACCCUUGGUAUACUUGGUCUUGGGAGAAUUGGGAAAGAGGUGGCGACUAGAAUGCAGUCUUUUGGAAUGAGGACCAUUGGUUAUGAUCCCAUUACUCCUCCAGAGGUGUCUAAGAGCUGGGGGGUGGAGCAGAUGUCUCUGGAGGAGCUCUGGCCCCAGUGCGAUUAUAUCACCGUGCAUACGCCUCUCAUGCCCUCCACUGCAGGAUUGCUGAGCGAUGCCUCAUUUGCUAAAUGUAAGAGAGGCAUGAAGGUGGUGAAUUGUGCCCGUGGAGGCAUCAUUGAUGAAGCUGCUUUGCUAAGAGCUCUGGAGUCUGGUCAGUGUGGAGGAGCAGGUCUGGAUGUGUUUGUAGAGGAGCCUCCUAAGGACCGAACCCUGGUGAACCACCCUAAUGUGAUUAGCUGCCCACAUCUGGGGGCCAGCACGAAGGAGGCUCAGGCUCGCUGUGGUCAAGACAUUGCACUGCAGAUUGUGGACAUGGUCAAAGGAAAAGCAUUAGUGGGAGCGGUGAAUGCACAGGUUCUGGCUAGCACCUUUACCCCUGAGUCACAGCAAUGGAUCAGGCUGGGGGAGGCCUUGGGCAAAUUGCUGAAGGUCUGCAACUCCACUGAACAGCCCUAUGACCAAGUCUACAUCACCACUGAAGGAGAGUGUUUGAAGAAAUCACUCGAGUUUCUGAGCUCAGCAGCUGUUGUUGGACUGAUGGCUAAAAGCUCUGAGAAUGGCCUUAACCUGGUGAAUGCUCUCAUGCUAGCAGAGGAGACAGGAAUAACAAUUAAAAAAGAUCACAUUGAUGGGCAUGAAGCUAAAGCCACCUGCAUGUUGGAGGCCUCUGUGAAUGGCAGUGUUUAUAAAGUCUCUGGCUCGGUGCAGACCGUUGUACCAGUUCUUUUGCAGCUGAAUGGCAGUGUGUUCAGACAGCCAGUGCCUCUCUCUGGAAACCUGUUAUUUUUCAGGGCUGCAACUUCACCUCAGCUCCUGCCUUCUGUUACUGGUGUGCUGGCAGCGGCCAGUGUCGAAAUUGAUCACUUCCAUGCCUCCAGUGCCUCUGGUGGUGAUCAGUGGUUCUGCGUGGGGAUUUCCUGCCUCCUGAAAGACCUGGGCACUCUCAUGCCCCUGGUGAAAGAGGCAGCACAACUUACUGUAUAAGUUCCUGCUAACUGGAUGUUUGUGGGAAUCUUCUGUAGCAUUCCAGUGUCUUAGAUAUCUAAGUAUUUGAAAGGUUGUUCCAGUCCUGGGGAUUUCUAACAUAAUUGUUCCUGCUCAUUACUGAAGGAAUACGCCUGCAUUUUUCAUCUAAAUCUGUCCUUUGCAUUUGUAACAUGCUGUAGUUACUAUGGAAAGAACAGUUCUCAUAAUUGUUUACUGACAGUCCAAAGAGGGUUUUAAGCUUCUGCUGUAAGUGAUAAAGGAUAUGUAUUGAAAUUGUGGUUAUGAUAAUAUGCUGCUGAAUGCUCUAGAAGGAUAGUAGGUUGAAAGUACAUUGGACAAAUCUUUUGACCGUUUCACAAAUUGUGGUGGGAGUGUCCAGAGCAAGAUUUAAAAUCAUGGAGGGCAGGAAAUCCCUAGGUCUGGAGGUGUGAAAUUUGAUCUAACACAAGCACAUCUUGCACUUGCUGCACAGGUUCUCAACCCUGAUCCUGGACAUUAUUAGUGUUUUGCUUUCUCAAACACGCACACACUUCAACUCAAGAAUAGCUGUCAAUAAGCCGAUUAGCUGAAUCAGUUGUGUUGAAUGUAAGGAAAACACUAAAAUGUGCAGGACACAGUGUACUCCAGGACCAAGGUUUAGAACCUGUGUUAGUGCAAUAUAGAAUUACGUUCAGCUUAAAACUCAGUUUAGGUUCCAUGUGGUGUGUGUUUGUCAGUGUAGCGCUUUGUUAGCUACAUUUUCUGAUCCAUUAAAUAGCACUCCUAACAAGACUUAGCAGUGAUAUUUAUCUAGCAAAGCAGUUAAUAAAGGAUGGAUGGAUGCUUGGAUGAUGCCUAAUUGAUUCCUCAGACUCCAUCCUCAGGGCUGGAAUCUUUCGUUUCAUUUCACUGAUUAAAAACAAAGUAUUCAAUUUGUCAGUUUUGAUAGAUGGGGUGGAGUAGAGAAAUCACUGCCCUGCUUGACUCUAGUCUGUCCAAAAGAGGGUUUGGGGAAUCCUAAGCUACAUUUUCAUGACAUUUAUUCAGUUCUGUACAGAACAUUCGGCUCCAUGGCUCAGCAGGUAGCAUUGCUGAGUUAGAUCCUGAGCUCAAGUUACCACCUGUGAUAUUUUCCAUUUCUCUUUGCCUUCAUUUGGGUUUGAUCUCUCAUGCCUGGGAUGGGCUCAGGAUUCAUCACAGUCCUGACCAGGAUAAAGUGCUUACUGAAGAUGAAUGAAUGAUUGAUUGAACUCAACAGUUAAUUAAUAGGCUAGAUGUGAUGGAGUAGAAGAUCACCACACUGCUGGACUACAUUUCACCUGACACUAAGCUGGUUUUGUAAUAGGUUUUAAAACGGUCUAACACUACAUAGUUGAACAAUAAGCUCAUUUGUACUCAUGUAAUGCAGAUUGUGAAUGAUUAAAAGCAAUGCGACAAAUAA